UCUAGUCUUAUGACAAAACCAUCAUUUUUAGCUCAUAUUUCCAAUGGAGAACAACUGGAAAAUAGCAAUUUGCCAUUUCUUGUUCCAAACUUAGGUUUUUUUCUGUCUUUGGACAUAGCAAAAUAUUCAAAUAUCAGAACAAAAUGUACUAUUGCAAAUGCUGCCCAAGUAAAACCAAUUCUUGAUAAGACUCUCCAAGUAUCAAUUGCAGUGGAUCACUUAGACUUAGGUAGCACUGCAGGUUAUGGAUAUGGUGAAUAUGAGGACGCAAUUAAUAUAUCAAUUCUUGAGAAAUUCACAGUACUUAAAGAAGAUCUGUCUUAUGAUUUUUGUUGUUACAUUCUUCCCAAAAACUCUGUCAUCACGACAAAGCUAGAUGACUUUCUUGUGAAGGUGCGAGAAUCCGGCUUGGAAUAUUAUUAUCUUGCAGAAUCUUUCAGAGAUUUAGAUUAUAAAGAACAAGUGUAUCUGCGUACUAUUCAUCAAUUGCAAGCAACUUACUACUUUGAUAUUAACACUUUAUCGGGUGCAUUUCUUAUGUUAUUUUGUGGAUUAUUGCUUGCCACACUAAUAUUUUUCUGUGAAUUAAACAAUGCUUCUGUUGAGUGGCUGUAA